UGUGGCACUGCCCCGACACCUCACGGUUGUACUGCAUAUCCGCAGUUCCAAAUUCCAUUCCUUUACUCCACACCACCAUGGCGUACAGAGACCCGUUUGCAGAGCAGUAUGGGCACUAUGACCAGCAGUAUAGCGAAGGACCUUCUUUCGAUCCUUACAACAGCAGUCAACCUCACCAAGCAUACGACCAAGGGGGUUAUGAUCCUUACACUUCGAACGGAUACAGGGAUAAUGGUAAUCCCACUACUCACGAGCCAGUAACCGCCGGAAUGUCGACGUUCCCACCGAAGGAGGGAAAUGGUUUUUAUUCCACCACGGCAAGUCAACCCCGGGACCUCCGGAGGUGGCGGUAUGAACACAAUCGUUCACUCUGGACCAAGGGAAGCAGAGGGCGGUGCAUAGGGCGGUUCUGUUGCUGCACCAUCAUGAUCACAUUGUUCUUCAUCAUUAGCAUCAUUCUUUCCUUAGUACUGUGGGCCCGGCCUCCCAAUGUUAUAAUUGGAACUGUAGGACCCUCGUCCACGGCAAGCGAGGUCCAACUAGAAAGUGACGGCGUGCAGCUUAAUCUUGCUAUUAACAUAACCGUCAACAACCCAAAUUAUUUCUCAGUAUCAUUUUCGUCCGUAAAGGCGAAUAUAUACUACCCUAUCAACAAUACUUACGUCGGAGGAGGUAACCAAUCCGACGUUACCUUCCCAUCCCACACAAACAAAACCAUCACAUUCCCCUUCACGGUUGCUUACACUACAACAAUGCCUUCUAGCGCUCAGAUCUUGGCAGAUCUGGCGACCAAGUGCGGUCUUACUGGAGGUACAAAGUCUGACAUCACCUUGGAUUACGAUAUCACGUUGGGUUUGCGUGUCCUUUUCUUUACCGUAUCACCGACGGUCAGCAGCUCCGCCAGCUUCCUCUGCCCGCUAUCCUCGUCAGAUUUAUCGGGUUUCUCUUCCGUCCUUGGAGGAAUUGUAUAAAAUGUGUUGGUUCAGCUCCCUGUACAUUCACCGUUGAUUAUUCCUAUGCAGUCACAUAGUGUUUCUAUAGUCUUUUCCUUGACAUUACUUGUCGUGCUCCGAGACGUUGAUCUUAAUCUACGUUGAUGCUAGCUCGGUGUCUACG